GUCAUACUUAAAUUUUUUUUGUCAUAGUAGAGCUUCUAAUAUUAGGAAAAUAGAUGGGUAAUCAAAUUUUUUAUCAUAUUCUUUUUGAUAUACAAGGCAAUAAGCAGAAACUAAUAAAAUUGAUUAAUAGUUUUCUACUUAAUAUAACACAUUUUCAUUAAUGUUUUUACCAUGUACAACAAAUGUCUUCUCAAGCAAAUGAAGAACCAACUCAAGCAGGAGCAAACACAACUCAAGAAGAAGCAAAUGCAACCCAAGAAGAAGAAACUCAAGCUGAACCAAUUGUUGGGAUAAAGAGGAAAAAAACAAGUGUAAUUUGGAAAGAUUUCGAUGAAAAGGAAAUUACUAAAGGUAGUGAGUAUCCAACUGCAAAUUUGUAUAUGCCAGAGGUCUGAAGGGUGAAGCAGGUACUUGAUAUGGCGGAUGAAGACGAAGAUCUCUUUAUGAGAGAAAUGGCAAAACCAAUGAAAAAGAAGUUUGACAAAUACUUGGGGGAGUGUAAUUUGUUGAUGGCUAUAGCUAGUGUUUUGGAUCCUAGGUGCAAAUUUCACAGUGUUUGUAUAUGUUUUCCCAAGAUAUAUAAAUCCAAGGAAGUUUCUGAUGAGAAUAUAGAGAAGGUUAGGCGUUCCUUGGAGUUAUUAUAUGAUGAGUAUGUGGCCUUAUCUUUGGAAGAGUCUUAUUUGAUGCCUGCUGUUAAUUUGGAUGGUGAUAAUCCAUCUUCCUCUCAAACAAAUGUUAAAAAUGCCACUGAAAUUGAUGACUUGUUACAAACCAUUCGGGAGCAAGAAGCCAUUUCUCCCACGAAGUCAGAAUUGCAAGAUUAUCUUGAUCAAGGUGUUCAUGUUGUUCCUAACUCUGAAUCCUUUAGUGCUUUGGACUGGUGGAGGAACAACAACAUGAAGUAUACGAUCUUGUCUAAGAUGGCUGCUGAUAUACUACCUAUUCCAAUCUCAAUUGUUGCAUCCGAGUCCACAUUCAGUGCUGGAGGUAGAGUUAUCGAUGAAUUUCGCUCUAGAUUAAAUGAAGAAUCUAUUGAAGCUCUCAUUUGUGGUGGUGAUUGGUUCCGUCAUAAGUAUGGUGUGAAGAACAAAUCAAAGGUUGAUAAAGAUGAGAUACAAAUCAACUUGAAGAUUUGAUAUCAUUUUGAUUUUUUGGGCUGGUUUGUGUACAUGAAGCUGAUCAGUGAUUUGUUGACUUGUGUGAUAUGUUGAAUUAUGCUGACUUUUGCUACACCUUGAAGAUUUGAUAUCAUUUUGGUUUUUUGGGUGGUCUAUGUACAUGGAGCUGACUAUGAGUGAUAUGUUGACAUGCUGACUUUUGCUACACUUGAGUUUUGACUAAGACCAUGUGACUAUGAGUCUAUGACUAAUGAGUGUCACUCUAUCACUCAUUUCUUUUUUUGUUUUCUCAUAUCAAACACUUUAUGAAAUCAUAUUAUUUUCUAUUUUUUGGUGAAUUGUAAUCAAAUGGUUGAUAAACAUUGAUGAGUACUAACGAAAGAUUAUUAUUAU